CCUCAUCCCUCUCCUCAACAAUCACCACCACGUUCGAUAUCAUCUUACGACUAUAUACGCCCCGGUUCCUUCCAGAUCCUGUGUUAUAAUCCAUCAUGCCGCCUCCAAGUUACGAUUUCCUCAUCAAGCUGUUGCUCAUAGGCGAUUCCGGUGUUGGCAAGUCAUGUCUCCUCACACGAUUCUGCGACGACACAUGGACACCGUCGUUCAUCACUACCAUCGGGAUUGACUUCAAGAUCCGUACCAUCGAACUUGAUGGUAAACGAAUCAAGCUACAGAUCUGGGACACUGCUGGUCAGGAACGAUUCCGCACAAUCACCACAGCAUAUUACCGUGGCGCAAUGGGUAUCCUACUCGUAUACGAUGUAACGGACCAGAAAUCCUUCGACAACAUCGAUACCUGGUUUUCUGCCGUGGAGCAACAUGCAUCGAACGAGGUAGAUAGGAUCCUCGUAGGAAACAAAUGCGACUGGGAAGAGAAACGAGUGGUGUCGUAUGAUGCUGGGAAGGAGAAGGCGGAUAAGCUUGGUAUUGCGUUUAUCGAGACCUCUGCGAAGGAGGGCAAGGAGGUCGAGAAAGCUUUCUUCAGUCUCGCAGGGGCAAUCAAGACCCGCCUGAUCGACACUCAGACAACGGAGGAGCCUCAGCAGAGUGUACAAGUAGGUGGCGAGACCACGAGCAACAACCAGGGUAGCUGCUGUCAAUCGUAGAGAUUAUAAUGUUUCGUUAUCGACUUAUCAUCACUCUUCGUAUAUCCACUCUGUUGUUGUCUUCCUUACAUAGCAUAUAUUUACACGCUCUUGUCCCGACUGGAUUUCUCUCUCCCGAUUAUAACGAUGUUGUUAUUCCCUUUGCACAGUUCAUGUUCGAGCAUGAACUGCAGGAGGGGAUCGGAAU